AUCGUCACAAUCUUCCGUAGCACUCUCUUCACAACUCACCCGCCAAAACGCUCUCCGUCAUGUCCGGCUUCCCUGCCGAUUCCCACGCACCCACACCUCCGAUCCUCCCCCCCAAGCCCAGCAGCCAGGAGCCCAGCCGCAUCGGCACACCGGCAAGCGGCGCCGCGCCGCCUCCACCUCCGUCGACCUUGUCCGAGGCGGGGCAGCAGUAUCGGAGCUCAGUGAUAGCCGGCCUGGACGCAGCCGCGACAGCAGCGGCGGGAGGAGUACCGACACCGCCUCUUCCGCCGGCGGUAACAGCCAGGAGCGCUGAUAUACCAGAUCCGGGAGACCAAUGGCUGCCGCAGGUGCUCCAAGAUAAAUCCAUCCAAGACCUCGCCGACAUCCUCUCUAGCCCAUCCCUCCUCAACGGCCUCACAAACUCCCCCUCCUCCAUCCACCCCUCCCUCCAAGCCUCCCACCAAGAUCUCCUCGCCGCGCUCUCCUCCAACAUCGACCUCGCCACGCGCCUGUCCGAGCUCGAAUCCCGCCUCGCCCACCAGCGCUCCGCCGCCCAGGCCCAGCUCCUCUCCAUGCACGCCCUCGAGCGCCAGUGGCGCCAGAAGCAGUCCGACAUGGACCUCGCCCUCGCGCGCUUCAGCCCCGCCGCGCUCUACCAGCUGCUCAACCAGAGCGUCCAGGAGCAGGCCCUCGUGUGCCAGGCUAUGGAGGAGAGUUUUCUGGAUAGGGACGGCGUGGACGGCGGCGGCGGGGAGGCGACCACGUCGGAGAGGGAAGCGGCCGAGUGGAUUAGACGGUAUAGGGAGGCCAAGGUGCAGUAUUAUUUGCGGCAGGAGCGUAAGGAGAGGUGGGAUGAAGGCCGGGUUGGUGGUUGGAGGUAAUUUUUCUGCUUUUUGGCUUCAGGAGAGCGUCAUGAGACUAUAUUAUGCUGCGUUGCUGGCUGAUAGAAGGCGGGUGUCUGCAAUGGGUUACCAAAAGGCUCUUUUUUCUUUUCUUCAUGUAUUUAGAUUAUAGCACGUAUUGUCCUACUUGUCGCAAUUUCUGUCUUCCUUUGUAACCAGUUGGUGGCAUAGAUGAUAUAUAUCCCAUAAAAGAGCUUCAUCUUCAGUUUUGCAC